GACUUCCUUUGUUUAGAAAACACGCCAACAUGAAACAAAAAAUGUUUAGUUUAAAAAUUUUCAAGCGUCGUUUUAAAAGAGAGAUUUUAUAGUGCCCUAACUCAUCGUUGGUGUUGAGUAUCCCGUGAGGUAAUUAGACCGGAGUACACGGUGAGGUAAUUAGACCGGAGUAUACGGUGAGCAGAUGUCCCAGAAAACACGGGCACCCCCCGGCUCGCCAAACCCCCCCUACAAGCCCCGCCUCCCGAUGAACGUUCGAGCGGUCAGCGCCAACAUGAUGGGGUCCGGCCGGAAGUCCUUGACCCGACAGGUGACCCGCCCCUCCUACAGCGUCCCAGGGUCAGCCGUCCGUGUCGACGUCCCCCGUGCCACGUCCAGGAUCUACGGGCUGCCCAGGUGUGCCCGAGCCAUGGUCCUUGACCCGCUGACCAGCACGUCCGGCUUCCUGUCCUACGGGAGCAGCAGUGAUGUGUACAAGCCCCAGUCCAACAUGACCAACCCCUACCUACAGCUCCAGAGAGCCGUGAUGGAACAGCUCCGGUCAACCAGGCAGGGUGCCUCCCCCAGGAGCACCAUGGAGAUGCCUGGCGUGACCCCCCCUGCAGAGAUCGACAGGUUCAGCCCCUCCCCCAUGAAGAAGCUGAUGGCCUCACCCAUCAUCAAGCCCCGCCCACAAGCCUCAGUCAUGGAGGUCGGAUCUAGCGUGGACCUACCAGACGACGAGGAAGAUGACGAGGACGACGAUGAGAUUGGACUGCCACAAGCCGUACGGUCCAAGUGUGUAAGCGACGAGCCCGCUAACAGCACGGAGCUGACCAAGGCUUUGCACGUGACCCGGAUGGAGGAGUUUGCCAGGUACUCUGAGCCGGCUGAGUUGCUGAAGAAGCUCCAGGCUGCCGGCUACUUCCAGCACAACUACGGCAACCACGCGCGGACCUGCACGGACCAGACCAGCCUCAAGACCGGCAUGAAGAAGGGGGUGGAGCGGCUCUACCAGAUCCUGGCCGGCUGACGUGGGCAUCCACCGACCGGCUCAGGGCAUCCACCGGCCUGCA